UUAAAUCAGUACUCGCGUAGAACUGGGCCGAUUAGGAUGAUCGCCCACAAGUUAUCGGUAUUGCUGUGCGGGCUAGUUCUAGUCGCCUUCGUCAUGGCGGCAGAACGACCCAUGACCAAACAGGCUGACGUUGAUCCUCCUUUGAUAGCUCCCGAGAAUGUGGCGGAAGAAAGUGAAUUUGUGCCGUUCCAGGAAGUGGAUGAAUCUUACCGUCUGCCAAACACAAGUGUCCCAACCCACUAUAAAAUCCAUCUGCAAACGGAAAUUCAUACUGGAGAUAGAAAUUUUCAAGGAUCCGUGGAUAUCCAUCUAACAGUGCUCGAGCCAACCAACACAAUUGUCGUUCACAAUCGUGGACUUCAGAUUCAAAGUGUUAAACUUGCCUUAGUUCCUUCCGCUGGAGCCAACCCAGAGCCGAUGAACGAUCCAACCUGGGCUUAUGAUACCCGUGUUGAACAACAAUCCUUCCAUAGUGAAACUCUGCUGACCCAAGGAAAUUACAUUCUCACCGUAACAUUCGUCGGCAGAUUGUCGAACAACGAAGAUGGCUUCUAUGUUUCCUCUUACGUAGACAAAAAUGGUGCAACCAAGUACUUGGCUACUACGCAGUUCGAAUCUACCAGUGCUCGCAUGGCAUUCCCGUGUUACGAUGAACCUGGACUCAAGGCCACCUUCACCUUGUGGAUCACCCAUUAUCGUGGUUAUAACGCGCGGUCCAACAUGGACUAUACGUUCGAAAUCCAAGGGGACUAUCGGUUGACCAAGUUCAAUACUACCCCGAUGAUGUCCACGUAUCUACUAGCGUUUGUGGUUUCAGACUUUGCAUUCCUAGGACCCAAAAAUCACAGCGUUUACGCGCGUCCAAAUGCCAUUGAUGAAGUUGAUUUUGCCAUUGAAGCAGGUCAAAAAAUCCUGAGUGCCCUUGACACUCAUAUUGGCAUCGGAUACUACGAAUACAUGCCGGAGAUGAAGCAGUUUGCCAUUCCAGAUUUUGCUGCAGGUGCCAUGGAGAAUUGGGGUUUGGUCACGUAUAGGGAACAGUAUCUACUGUUCAACCCUGCACUGAGUACUUAUCGCACAAAAACCAGUAUUGCUACAAUCAUUGCCCACGAGUACGCGCAUCAGUGGUUUGGCGAUUUGGUCACUCCCGAAUGGUGGGAGUACAUAUGGUUGAACGAAGGAUUCGCUACAUUGUACGAAUACUAUGCUACUCACUUGGCGUACCCGGAUGCGGAGUACUGGGAACUCUUCAAUCCACAGGUUAUCCAGGCCGCCAUGGUUCCCGAUGGACUUGAAUCCACUAGACCGAUGACUUGGAAUGCUGAUACUCCUUCGCGGAUUUCGAACUUGUUCGAUCGCGUUGCUUAUCCUAAAUCGGGCAGCGUGCUAAACAUGAUGCGCAACAUUCUCGGUGACGAGAACUGGGCUGCUGGGCUUAAGGCAUAUCUUCUCGAAAGACAACUUAAGAAUGCUAAUGUGGAACAUCUUUAUGCUGGACUACAGUCAGCAAUUGAUGGCAAGGAUGUUCUCCCACCAGGAGUUACCGUCAAGGAUAUUAUGGAUACCUGGACAACGGAAAAGGGUUACCCGGUACUAAGCGUACGGCGAACAUACGAAACCGGUGCGGUGAUCAUCUCGCAAGAACGUUUUAUCUCGGAUCGCAAAGUGCCUAACACGAACAUUUGGAUGAUACCGUACAACUAUGUCAACCAGUCUGUUGCGGAUUUUAACGAACUGAACUCCUAUAGCUGGUUGACCACGAAAGCUGCCCGUAUCAGCACCGAUGUUCCAGCAAACCAAUGGAUCAUUUUCAACAAACAGCAGGUCGGCUUCUACCGUGUCAACUAUGACGAUAGGAAUUGGGAACUCAUCACGAAUGCUUUGAUCGACAACUACGCUAGCGUUCAUCGACUUAAUCGUGCCCAGCUGAUUGACGAUGCUUACUGGUUGGCUCGUUCUGGACGAUUGGAUAUUGAGAUUCUGAUGAAAUUGCUUACCUACUUGAAGGAUGAAAUGGAGUAUGCUCCCUGGACGGCUGCCAGCAAUGUUCUCUCGUACUUCAAUAAUAAACUACGCGGAACGCCAGCAUACGACGACUUUUCGACCUUCGUACACCACCUUAUCCAGAAAGUGUAUGCAACCCUGGCUAUCGAUUCAGUUUCCGAUACAGAAACACUUCUCCAUAAGUAUAUGAAGCAGACCAUCUCUACCUGGGCGUGCAUCGUAGGAAACGAAGACUGUCUUGAACGAACCAAGUACGCCCUUACUCUUGAAGCAGUGCACCCAGGCUUGGACGACUUCAGAGUUCACCCCGAUAUUGCCAGUGUUGUAUACUGCUACGGUCUGCGAAAUGCUAGUACAACCGAGUUCCAGUAUCUGUACGGUCGUAUCUACCCCUCGCAGAAUUGGGCUUUCCGCACGAUGAUUAUUGAUGCGAUGGGUUGUUCCCAGAACAAGGACUUCCUCAAGGCAUUCCUACAAACCGCAAUUGGAGGCAGCGGAGCUGGUGUUGAGAUCAACUACAAGUCCGCUGAACGUAGCCGAAUAGUUCAAUCGGUAUACUCGGGCGGACGUGCUGGUGUCGAUGCAUUGAUUGAAUUCCUGAUGGAUCCCAAUAUGAUCAACGAUUUCAUCAGCCGACUGGGAAUCAACACUCUUAAUAGUGUUAUCUCAAACAUCGCUUCACGUACUAAUACACAGGAAGAAUUUGAUAAGCUGAAUGCUUUGUUAACCUAUCUGGGAGAUCGCAUCACUUCAGCGACUGCUGCAGCUGCUCGUGCUACUGUUCAAGCCAACUUUGACUGGCAGCAGAGCUACGAAGGACUUCUUACGGUUAAUUUUGUCGAACAAUAUGUCGAUACGAUUGAGCCGGAAACGACCUCAAACCCGAUUACCACCACUACUACUGCUGCAACUACAAGCCCCGGAUCGGUAGAAACCACAACAGCUGGUAUCACUACCACGACACCGGAUGACGAUGGUGGCGCAACUACCAUUGCAGUUUCCAUUACGCUUCUAAUCAGCGCCAUUACCGUUACCUUAUUGCACUAGAGUACAGCAAAUCAUGUUAAGUAAAUAAUAGUCAACGUUAUAUUUUAAAAC